GACCUGUCAAGAUGCUCUCGCAGGCCCAGCUUCUCUGGAUACUAGUGCUUUGGAUUCAGGACUCCUAUGGCCAAAUUGUUCUGACUCAGACUCCAGAAUCCCUGGCAGUGUCGCCUGGACAGAGAGUCACCAUCAACUGCGAAGCCGGUACCAGCAUUAGCAACUACUUAGGCUGGUACCAACAGAAACCAGGACAAGCGCCUAAGCUCCUUAUCUAUGAUUCUACCAACCGUGUCUCUGGGAUCCCAGCCCGGUUCAGCGGCAGUGGGUCUGGGACUGAUUUCACUCUCACAAUCAGCAGCGUUGAAGCUGAAGAUGCUGGAGAUUAUUACUGUCAGCAACGCCAGAGCUACCCUCUCACAGUGAUACAGACCAUUACAAAAACCUCCCUGUGCACAGAGAGAGCUGAUGCUUACCAUUUGUUACAGCUGCGACCAGAAGGACACAGGUGCCCUGGUCAGCACUGUCAGCUGAGAACUUUCACAAUGAUCUCCCACACUCAGCUUCUCUGGAUACUAGUUUUUUGGAUUCAGGACUCCACUGGGCAGAAAGUGCUGACCCAGACUCCAGAAUCUCUAUCGGUCUCUCCAGGAGACACAGUCACUAUCAAAUGCAGAGCCAGUGAAAGCGUUAGCAGCUAUCUAGCUUGGUACCAACAGAAAUCCGGACAAGCUCCUAAGCUCCUUAUCUACUAUGCUACCACCCGUCCCUCUGGGAUCCCAGACCGGUUCACAGGCAGUGGGUCUGGGACUGAUUUCACUCUCACAAUCAGCAGGGUUGAAGCUGAAGAUACUGGAGAUUAUUACUGCCAACAAGGCUACAUCCCUAUCACUGUGAUACAGACCAAUACAAAAACCUCCCUGAGCGAGGGCACAGUCCUGAGCAUUUGUCACAGCUGCAUGUGCAACACCAGCUUCACACAUUUCAUAACAAACAAGAAAGAGGAAGUUAAUUACACAAUUCUCUGCCACUACUCCCACUGUCAUUUCUAG